AAGCGAAAACAAGAAAGACGUGAGAAUUGAAGAAAAAGGGCACCGUUUUACAUGGUUGUGCUGUUUCCUGAAAUUCAAGUUAAACGAGUUUUCUAUUGGACAUAUUGACUGGUGCACAGCUGUCUAGAAGAAACAACGAUGAACCUGAGUAACACGACUGAAACUUUUCUUGCUGAUGAUGAAGGGUUUUAUGCAGAUGUUGAUCGAGAAGCAAACACCACUAAUCUGACAAGUACUGUUCUGGUAUUUUAUACUCGUUACAAUUGGGACGUGCUUAGAGCUUUCUUAGAGGAACUACGUUUUAAAGUUGGAUAUUUUCUCUGGCAACGCUUAAGUAUUGUAUUUGCAAUUAUCGGUGUCUUUGGGAAUGGUUUUAUCAUUGCUGUUCUCGCGAAAGGAAACACACACUUCUGUUCAACUUCUUUAUUUAUCCUGUCACUUGCCCUUGCUGAUUUGUUUGUUACUGGAUAUUUUAUACACGGGUUUUUUAAUGCCAACGGUUACGCUUUGGGCUCGUACAACAUCAUUGAUUGUAAAUUAAUAACUUUCUUGUUAGCGCUCGGUAAUUGGGCUUCCCCUUUGACACUUACUUUAAUAUCUAUAGAAAGAGUAUGUAGCGUUGUAGUACCGCACAAAGUCAAAAAUAUGUUUACAAGAAAAGUUGCGAUAUUUCUCGUACUUGCAGUCUGGACAAUAUCUUUAGCAAACACUUUAAUGCAAGACUACAUCCUCAAAAAUGUGAUCACACCGUCAGGAGCACCUGUAUGUGCCAUUGAUCGAGAAGAAAACCCUGUCAUAUAUAGGAUUUAUGGAACUACCAGUGUUAUCAUAAAGUAUGGUAGUUGGUUAGUUAAUGUCAUUUGCAUGAUUAUAAUUAUACGAUCUUUACUUCAAAACAGCGUUGUGAGAAAGGGUAAAUCUGUAAAAACACCAGUAAAGUCAGUUACGUUAAGUUUGCUUACGGUUAAUAUCAUUUACUUCUUAUUCACGACACCUGUGGUUAUGUAUGACAGUUAUAUUUUGUUGUCAGUCCCCGAAUUGAAGAGCAUCUUUCACUUCUACAACCACUUCAUUGAAAGUACUAUUCUGAAAUUCUUCUCUCAUACCAACAACGUUUUAAAUUUUUUCAUUUAUUUUCUGAUCGGUACAAAAUUUAGGCAAGAGAGUAAAGAUUUUUUGCUUUCUUUUAAAGUAUUUAGAAUGUGUCAUCAUAAAAUAACAUUAACAAAAUAGAUUAUGAAAACAAGAUAAACACGGAAGGGCGGGGUUCAAUGAACAUAGCCUCCACAUGACCAAGCAGCAUAGGACAUAUAGGACAAGUGGCAAGGGGCCUUGCAGGACACUAAAUAAAACAGUCGAUAAUUUGUGAAGCAAUGUUAUGCAGUAUUACGCCAAAUGCACUCACUAGGCUUCACUUUGUUGCCCUGAUCCUUUGUUGCUGGGUUCUAGGAUUGAAGAGCUUCGCUCUGUAAACAAGAAACGUACUUAACCAUUGAUCGUAUUGAAUUUUAUGUCGUGGAUUUGUUUAAUUCUUUCGUUGUAUUUAUUAUUGUAUUAUAUGUAUUUUAUAAGGGACAUAUUUUUUGGACACCUUUUUUCUGUACAAAUUUGUUGUUUCUUUUUCAAUAAAGUUUUAAUAAUAAUGUAUGUACUUUAAGAAAACCAUAGAUAAUGAGACUGUUAAAUCAUAGUUGAAAGACAUUUUUCUCGACUGAAUUUUGCCAUAAAGUGUGAAUUUUACCGUUAAGUGUUUACCAGUGAAAUAACUACGUGAAAUGUUUGCUUUUUGUUUGGAGCUUUCGACGUAAUUUGAAUAGAAGGAAACGUUUUCGGAGACAACCAAAAAAUAUGCUACUGAAAUUGACACCACAGAAACAGUAAUGAAAAUCUUAUCUUUGUUUUUCGUUUGUAAUGAUUGGGUGCGCGGACGGUAACUUACACUAAACAGGACUUUCCUUGAACAGGCUCAAUUAAACCGAGUCUGCAACAUUUUCAAUUUUGUUGUUUUGAACGUUCUUUAGAAAUUAUGUUUUUCCCUAUUUUAGUUUUGUGUUUAUGUACAACAAACAGUAUACUCAUAAUAUAUAAAAUAUAACAAUUGGUGUUUCUAAUUGUUAUAUUUCUAGAAGAGUAAAAUAUCAUUUAAAUAGAUCGAUAUAACUGUGCGAUUACAUAAUCUCUUUUAGUCCUACUUGGUGACAUUCCAGUUUUUUUGUUUGACUGGAUGUUGCCUGUGACUGCCUUUAGUUUACGUUGUGUUCUGUUGUUUGUGUUUGUACUCAUAUUAUUGCAGACAAUAAUUGCAUUUCACAUAAAACUUUUGUCUAUCAGAUGCUGCGGAGGAUCCUUAUCAAAUGGUUUCCAUUAUAGAGUGGUUUUCUUUAGUAAUGUUCAGUGAUAUUUAAAAGCCUAUUUAGACUUUCUUUUUAUGGAAAGUGAGAGAGGUAUUUAGAGCAUAACAUUGAACGAAAGUGUCGCUUAAGUUAUAGGUUGUUCUAAUUUGAAGAAUGUUGAGCACAUUUAUAUGUACGCUUUAAAUAGUGUUGUUUUCUGUGCAUAUAUAAAUCAUAUUUUUUCACAGUUUACCUUUUUAUUAUACUCUUUAUCAUAUGGGCACUGGUUUAAAACGCUUCUGUUUGACCUGUCUGUAUGUUUGCAUUCAUACAUACAUUUCUUACCACCAUAAUAUUUGCAAACCAAUGGUCUCAAAACACUUCGUGUUGGCGUACUGA